AUAUGAUAAAAUUGGAAAUCAGAAUUGAACCAGUAUAUGGACUUCUAAAGGAUAUUCAGUAUUACCUGCAUUGGAAAAAGUGUUAUUUUUAAUAGAAUGCAUUUUGGUCAAAGUCUAAUUUUAAUAUGUUUGGUAGUGGGGUUAGGAGCUGAAACAGAAGUAUUAACUGGUACACCACUACCGAAUCCACCACGUGCUAAUAUAUCGCAGUGCGCUUUGGUGAAUGACAACGAUAGGUACGAUUGUAUCCCUAGAGGAAAUGCAACACAAGAAAUUUGUGAGUUGAGAGGAUGCUGUUGGUCAGAAACAAAAGCUGGCAUACCGCCCUGCUUCUUUCAACCUAAAUUUCUUUCCUACAAGUUUAAGAACAUCACAGAAAAACCUGAUGGAUUAGAGGCUUAUUUGGAACGCAGUUAUAAAUCUAUAUAUCCAAAUGAUAUAACAGUUAUCAAACUAAUUGCGACUUAUCAAAGUGAUAGUACCUUAAGGAUCAAGAUAAUUGAUCCCAGAAGGAAACGGUAUGAAAGUAUAUUUCCCGAAAAGGAAAUAAACACACCAAGGGCCAGAAAUCCUUUAUACAGACUGAUAAUUGAAAAAGACUAUCAAGGUUUCAAAGUAGUCAGGGUAUCAGAUAAUACAAAUAUAUUCGACGUGUCUGAUCUAGCAAACUUCAUUUAUUCUGAUCAGUUCAUACAAAUAACCACGAAUUUACCUUCUACGUAUUUGUAUGGUUUAGGAGAGCACAAAGAGAGAUUCAAAUUGCAAUCAAACUGGACAACAUAUACAUUAUACAGUCGCGAUACUUCCCCACUACCGAAUACAAAUCUGUAUGGCUCACAUCCGUUCUACUUAUGCAUGGAAAAUUCAACAAAAUCGCAUGGUUUAUUCCUGAAAAACAGUAAUGCAAUGGACAUUAUAAUUCAACCGUCACCAGCCUUAACCUUCAGAACUAUCGGUGGCAUUUUAGAUUUCUUCAUUUUUCUUGGUCCAACUCCUUCCGAUGUACUGAAACAAUAUCAGGAAAUUAUUGGUAAGCCGAAAAUGCCUCCAUAUUGGAGUUUAGGUUUUCAUUUGAGUAAAUUUGGACUUGAGGAUUUGGAAACAACAAAGGAUUAUAUUCAGAGAAAUUUAAAUGUGGGCAUUCCUGUGCAAACCAUAUGGAAUGAUUUGGAUUACAUGGAUCAAGCUAAUGAUUUCACCUACGAUAAAAAAAAUUUCAAUGGGUUACCCGAGUUUGUGGACAGUUUACAUGAACAAGGUAGAAAGUACGUUGUAUUAUUUGAUCCAGGUGUGAGUGCAGGCGAAUCUGAGGGAUCCUAUCCACCUUUUGACAAAGGAAAUGAACUCGAUAUUUUCAUCAAAAAUAGCUCAGGACAGAACCUUAUUGCAAAGGUUUGGAAUCCAGUUUCCACGGUUUACCCAGACUUCACUCACCCAAAAACAUUCGAAUAUUGGAAAUUGAUGAUGAAAAGUUUUCACGAUGAUGUUGCUUUCGAUGGUGCUUGGCUGGAUAUGAACGAACCGUCAAAUAUGAUCCAAGGAUCCCUUAAUGGAUGUCCUGAUAGUGAACUAGAAACUCCGCCUUACCUACCAAAUGUUCUGGAAAACAGUCUCAACAAAAAAACGAUUUGCAUGACAGCCAAACAAUAUGCUGGUGUUCAAUAUGAUCUGCAUAAUGUAUUUGGCAUCAGUGAGACUAAUAUAACAAGCAAGGUUGUUUCUGAAAUUCUUGGAGAACGAUCACUAGUGAUUGCAAGAUCAACAUUUCCUGGAAGUGGACAAUACGCAGGCCAUUGGAGUGGGGAUAUAGGUUCAAACUGGGAGGACCUGAGAUAUAGCAUUCCCCAAUUAUUAGAUUUUAGUUUAUUUGGAAUGCCCCUCAUGGGUGCAGAUAUAUGUGGAUUUUUCGGACCUUCAAAUGAACCUUUGUGUAAUCGAUGGAUGCAGUUAGGAGCAUUUUACCCCUUCUCGAGAAAUCAUAAUUCCAAAUGGACACAUCAGGAACAAGAUCCUGCUUCCAUGGGUGAUCGUGUCAUCAAUUCUUCUAAGAAGGCCUUGGAAAUUCGUUAUACCCUUCUUCCCUAUUUAUAUACUCUCUUCUGGCAAGCAAAUCAGAAUGGUAGUACAGUGGCUCGACCUUUACUUAUAGAAUUUCCAGAAGAUCCAAAUACUUACGAAAUAGAUACUUCAUUCUUAUGGGGAUCUGGUUUACUCAUUGUUCCUGUUUUGGAAGAAAAUAAGAAUUCUGUGGCAACAUAUCUGCCUAAAGGGGUCUGGUAUAAUUAUUACACUAGGAAAAUUUUGAGGAGUGUUGGGGAAGUUAUAGAUAUCGAGGUAGACGAUGAAACAAUUCCACUUUUCAUACAGGGAGGUCAAAUAAUACCCACUCAAGAUUUCAAACCGUUAACUGAAGAUGUACGAAAUAGCGAUCUCACUAUAGUAGCUGCCUUAGAUGAAAAUGGAAACGCUAAUGGAAUGUUCUACUGGGAUGAUGGUAUUUCUAUUGAUGUCGGAAAAAACUAUACCCUUCUAUCUCUCAAAGUAAGAAAUGGAACACUCAGCGUGGAUGUGAUUAACAAAAGUAUAGAAGAACCUCCGAAAAUAAAAUCAAUAGAAAUUCUGGGUCUCGAUGAGAGUUUCAAUCAAAGAAUACUACAUCAAAGACAGUACGACUAUGUCUAUAAUAAAGAACGCCAAAACCUCAUGAUUCAAAACUUGAACAUAAAUUGUAGCAGUUCAACAUCAUUGCAAUGGUCAUGAAGGAGUACGUACAUCUGAGUUAUAUCUUUUUCUUUUUUAGACGUGUGUUUGUUAUAGGAUGUUAUAAUAAAUGUUUGUUCAAUGUA